AGCAAGGUGAUCGUCCCUCCCCACCGUACAACUUGCAGCGUGCUGUCGUGCGUCAGUCUCCGCGACGGCCCGUGAUCUGCCGAGGAUGCGCCACACGCGCAGUUCGGACGAGGGACGGGUGACGAGGUGUGCGGUGCGCGUGAGUGAGGAGGCAAGGCUUCUCCAUCUGGCAACCGGGGACCGGACGAUCAACUCAUCCGCGCGACUCCGCUUCGUCACGCGGCGUCGCCGGCCUCCUCCCGUGCCCGUGGAUGCGUGCGUCCCUCUCCCUCUCCCUCUCGUACUGUUCCCACGCUUUUUAGUCACUCGCACGGUUCAGGAUCUUGGCGUCCUGCUUCGUGGCCGUGGUGAUUGCCAUUUUGAUUGGGAGGAGGUGCGCGCGAUCUGCCUGGUUUGAUUUGGAUCCGGUCUGAUCUGACGUGGGUAUGGGUCGGUUGCUGCUGCGUCAGAGAGAGUGGCUUGUCGCGGCGCGGAAGGGGGAACGAGCUUGCAGUCCCAGUCCUGGCCGGGGGACGGUAGCCACUAGCAAGCGAGUGCGCGUCUGCCUCGGAGCGACGUCUCGCUCGCCUUUCCCCCCUUUCCUGCAUCCUGUGCGCUGUGAGGAAUGACGGUCUCCGCACUCACUCCUCCAACGGUCGCCAUCCCCGAACCACAUGGAUUAUUGUGGUGAGCGAUUGGACUCUCUUGUUCUCUUUGGUUUGUUUUCGUGGUGGGCGAGCAAGGUGAGCAGCUGGCGGUGGGAAAUCACCGGGCCUUUUUUUUAUGCUUCUCCCGUGUCCGGGCUCGUCGUUGAUUGAUUCACUGCUCUUGCUUGGCGGCUGAGGGGCUCUGAUCGGCGCAUCGGGUUGGAGCAGUCGACCUUGGGAGAUUUCGUGUCGCUCUGGAAGGGAUCAAAUGCGGCGCCUACUUACUUGGUGGUCUGGCACUGGCUGGAGAGCUCUAGUGUCAGCCAGUGUUCCUGCUGUCGCCUGCCUCAUCUAGGUCCCCUCCCUUCGUUAAGCUGUUCUUGCGAGUUGUUAAUCUACCGUAUCGAGGGGGGGGGGGGGGGGGGGGGGGGGGUCCAUUGCGGCGCCUACUUACUUGGUGGUCUGGCACUGGCUGGAGAGCUCUAGUGUCAGCCAGUGUUCCUGCUGUCUCCUGCCUCAUCUAGGUCCCCUCCCUUCGUUCAGCUGUUCUUGCGAGUUGUUAAUCUACCGUAUCGAGGAGGGGAAGAUGGACGACGAGGACUACUCGUGGGUGCGGCGCACCAGGUUCUCGCAGUCUGUCGUCAGGUCCAGCUCCGGCAGGGAGCGGUAUGGCGCGUUCAUCAUCGACCCGUUCGGUCGUGGCGCCAAGCUGAGGCAGGACGGGUUGGGCACGGGCCCCGGGGUCUCUAGCUCGGCAAGGCGGCUGCCGAUCCCCAAGGCGAGACCGGCAGUUGCCCGGUCGGAACGGAAGCUGAAGCACGCGUCUUCAGAGGGCCAAUUGAACAGGGCGAGGAACGGUGAUCGCUCGUCGCAAGGAUCACCGGCGAAGCAGAGCCGGGAGGGGGUCGGCCUGAGCUUGGACAUUCCACAGCUGCAUGAUGUGGCUGUUCGACCACCCAAGGAGAGCCCAGACGCUGCGCUGGAUUUCUCUUUCCACUCGGACGAGCACAGCCAGAGGCUCCAGCGAGUGUGUUCCAGCCCGUCUCCUUUCUUUCUGCAGGAUGCAACAGUGACAGCUGAUGAUGGUUCCAGAGUGCGCAGUGCAUCUACGAAGGUGUCCAAGCCGCCGCCGAAACCGAAGCGAAGAGCCAAGUCCCCUAUCCCCAAGCGCGUCAUCUCGGACGUGUUCAAGGAGGCGAAAGCUGCCACCAAGAGGUUCUCCAGCCCGCAGCGGCAGAGGAAGCCCAUGUCCCCGCGGUCACCAGACGACAGCCCUCCACUCGGCUUCGCCUCGCUAAGAGCACCGAGCAAGCUGAAGAUCAAUACCAGAGCAUCCUCAUGGCCACGAACAAACCUUGACAGUGGACCGGCAAGAGUUGCUGCGCCGGAGAUCCUUGAGAGGUGGACGGUCGAUCGCUCCGAGUUGCUCAUCGGCCAUAGAUUUGCAUCCGGGGCCUAUAGCCGAUUGUUCCACGGGAUCUACAAGGACCAGCCUGUUGCUGUGAAGUUUAUCAGGCAGCCCGACGAUGGCGAGGACGACGAACUGUCUGCUAAGCUUGACAAGCAGUUCACUUCAGAGGUUACAAUUCUGGCAAGGCUCCAACAUCGUAAUGUCAUUAAGCUUGUUGGGGCCUGUAAUUGCCCGACGGUCUUCUGUGUCAUCACCGAGUUUCUGUCCGGCGGUUCUCUGAGGGCUUUCUUGCGAAAGCUGGAGCGUGAAACUCUUCCUUUGGAGAAGGUCAUUUCCAUCGCUCUGGAUAUCGCACGCGGCCUGGAAUAUAUUCACCUCCAAGGGAUUGUGCACCGUGACAUCAAACCCGAGAACAUCUUAUUUGAUGGAGAAUUCUGCGCUAAAGUCGUCGAUUUUGGAGUGGCGUGUGAAGAAAAAUACUGCAAUUUGUUAGGCGAUGAUCCAGGUACUUAUAGAUGGAUGGCACCAGAGAUGUACAAGCACAAGCCAUAUGGCCGGAAGGUCGAUGUGUAUAGCUUUGGACUUGUCUUGUGGGAAUUGGUCACUGGUUCACUCCCUUAUCAAGAUAUGACUCCGCUUCAGGCAGCUUUUGCGGUUGUUAAUAAGAACUUGAGGCCGGCUAUUCCAUUGAGCUGCCCAGCAGCGCUGAAGCUUCUGAUCGAGCAAUGUUGGUCCUGGCAACCAGAAAGGAGGCCUGAGUUCCAGCAAAUAGUUUCAGUCCUUGAAAACCUCAAGACAGUUCUUGAAAGAGAUGGAACACUCGACAAGAUCCCAGGCUCGAUCUGCCAGGCCCUGGAACCCAAUGACCAGAACAAGAAGAAGGCUGGCAACUGGAUCCAGAGGCUGUCAUACGCUCAACCUGCUUUCUCCGGACCUCCACCCCCAAAGUUACUCUAGUUACACGUCUUCUUGUUCUUAGCAGCUUGGUAUCUGGUACUCCAGAUAGCAAGUGUGUAAAUUGAAUAUUUCUUUGUUUCGCUGGGAGACCAGAGAUUUCUUCAUGGUAUAUACUCGGAUACAGUACUGAUAA